AAUGUCUGCAUCGCAAAAGCAAUAUUGGAGUGUCAAGAGUGAAUAUAUGGAUAUUGUCCUGUUCUUUAAAGUGGGAAAAUUUUAUGAGCUGUAUGAGCUAGAUGCAGAAUUAGGUCACAAGGAGCUUGACUGGAAGAUGACCAUGAGCGGCGUGGGAAAAUGCAGACAGGUCGGUAUCUCUGAAAGUGGGAUAGAUGAGGCAGUGCAAAAGCUAUUAGCCCGUGGAUAUAAAGUUGGACGAAUCGAGCAGCUAGAAACAUCUGACCAAGCAAAAGCCAGAGGUGCUAAUACU